AUGUCAGAUCGCGCACCAACUGCUAGCGCUGCCAGUAUGCGUGCACCACCGAAGAAGCGCAAGCGCAGCGUUUCGGUGGCUUCCGAUGUGCAAUCUGCCGCCUCGUCACUCACCUGGGCGUCCGCUCGAAUGACGGCUGCGCAUCUGGAAGAGUUCUACGAGGACCCUUGGUCGUACACUCAGAAGCAGGUCGAGCUUGUCGAGACCUGCACGCCGGCGGACCUGGACCGCGUCGCAGACUCGAUGUGGGCGGAAACUUCGUGGCAGAUCACGGCGAGUCAUGUUGUAGGACCAAGGGGCAUGGUCAAGUUCAACAGACGGUGCGCCGUGACGCUCAAGGAAGAAGGAGACUUGGAGUCCGCUCAUCUGGUCCCGGCGAGGCGAGAGAACUACUUCAACGGGACAUUCUGCCGCGGCCAGCUCGAUGCGAACCGCAUCGAACUCUCCGGCCCAGUCCACUUGGACUUCGACAAGCAGUUGCUCGACAUGCUGCCGAACCAGGACCAGGUCGUCUCCCGCGUGCUCUGCGAGAUCAAGUAUCAGGAGGAGCGAGCUGCGGCGAGCACGAGUGGUGUUCAAGGCGAGAACGUCGUCAAGCCGCCCGCUCGUCCACCGUUCGAGAAAUUCUACGCAGCGGCCGAGAAGACUGGCGCUUGCUUCCGCCUCAUCGCGUCGAACCUCAGACCGAGCCCCUACAUCUUGCGGUACGACGAUCCCGAUGACCCUACCACUUUCGCCCUCGAGGGAAUCGCGGCGGACGAUCCGUUUACGUGGCUCUCGCCGAAGGCGAAGAAGCCGUCUACCGAGAAACCCGUCCUGCCCUCUCUCGUCGCGCCUUCCUCCUUCAACAUGUUGACCUGGGCGACGCGCGACUGUGUGCGACGGAAACCGCCGUACUCGAAGAGUCUGAUCCAGGAGACUUCGAUCCUCGACGACUUCAUUGCGCUCCUGCUUUCCUUCUGGUUCGUGACGGACGACACUCCCGCCUCCGACGUUGCCGCGCUCCUCGACCGCGCGAAGCCGCUUGUCAAGGACCACGGCGGUGUACACUGGGCGCAACAGCUCGAGGACCUCGCAACAAAGAGCUACAUCGACAUCGUCAAUGCGGUCACCCUCCCCGCCAACGCACUCCGCUCGCAAGACCCUCGUCCUGAGCCGGAGCAACACGCUCUGAUGCUCGCCGCCGCCACCGCAGACGACGACGCAUCGACGACGUUCUCGAUUGACUUGUCUGAAGGCGCCUUCUCGGACUCGGACUCGGGACUCCCUGCGGAUGCCCUCGCGCUCCCUUAUGUACCUCUCACAGCCGCCGCGCUCGAGGCUUUGGAGUCGGAUUAG